UUCACGCGCUCUCUCGGACGCGGCGACUCUCUCUCAGCGUUCCAGCGAGACGACCUAUAGGUCGCCCACGCUCGCUCGCUUACCACCCGAAAGCCAACGACCCACGCGACCGCAUACUACCAAAUCGACUGGCAGAGCCAGCCGGCAGAGAGUGCACAAUCUUUGAUUUGUUCUUCGGGCACCGGCACAACACUAGACGCCGACAGUUCAUUGCAACUUUAAUUAUUCCCAACGUCAUUUCAAACCAAAUGCAGUUUUUAUUGCAACGCAUCGGGCGACGAGUUAUGUUUCAUGUUACGCAAGUUUUGUCAAGAUAUUAGAGGAGGCUGGCAUACAACGCCAGUCGCCAAGGCGUACACGAGCAAGAAGGAACAAGUGUGAAAUUACUUUUGCUUCUAAGUUUGGCUUCAAGGUCGCUUAGUGGAGCUUGCAAGUUUCGUUGGCCACCGGCUGGGCUCCAUCGGCCUUUUUCCGUUUCCUUAGAUUUUCGUUUGAUGUGCGCGCCGCCGCUCACGUACUGUGGAGCCCGAGCACAGCUCUAUUUGCUUGCACACAGACAUAGUGAAAGCAUGACUCGUGAGCAGUGAGUUUUUUUAUUAUGUUCUGAUAUCUUAUCAACGCAAACGAGCAAGUGCAGUUUGGCUCGGCACGAUAAGGGACGAUUAUUCACAGCUUCAAAGGUUCGUCGAUAUUUCUGCCUUGGUGCGAGUUUCGUCUCGCCGAUGGAGAAAGAUUGACGAAUAUAACGCCACCAAGGCGAGCUGGCUGGUCCGCUGAUACACCGCGUUAUACGCAAACGAAAGAGAAACUUACAUCUCGAACCGUCAGCCACGACUGCCCAGAUUACACAUAGCAGCUCGGCAGCCGGCUCUGGGCAUCACGCCGAGGGAGUGAGGGGCAGCGAGCCCUUUGGCGAGCUCGAAGGAUGCAGCUCCCAAGCGGGAGCGCGAGGAUACCGGGGUCGCGAGUCGCGCGAGGCUUCAACUACCUCGGCUUGGCCAAUGGCAACGACAUCAUAGACAAGUGCAAUAAUAAGGUUAGCGCAACUACAAGAAAGCGCGGCUCCCAAAGUGGUAGCCGCCCCCAGCUAGAGGACGACCUAACGAGGCUCGAUUAUCGCCGGCCCAAGUUGAGGUCGUUGACAUCAGGGCGGAAGCAUCGGCCCGCCGAAUAGUAGAAACGAAAGAGAAGGGAAGCAAGGAACCAAACGACGACACCGCUCAACGAAGAAGAAGAGGAAGGAGGAGAGAGAGAGAGAAUCUUGGGCGAGAGCUGUGCAGCAAAGAGUGGCAAAGUGGGGGAGCCCGCGAAGGAACGACAGACGACUGAAGCAGCUGUGCGGCGGCGAACGAACUGCGCGCCGAGUUGGUUGGAGAAGGGAUAGCAGCACGAGAAGAAGGGGAGACGGCGCGUUUCUCGAGCUGCUGGCGUGCACGAGGGGCCGUUAUAUCCGUAGCAGUGUAAGCAGCGUAGCCCGAGUCACUUACUGCGCGAAGGGGAGGGGUGAAAAAGAAGCCCUGGCGGGGAGGGGAAACGGAGGCCUUCGGGGGGCCGACCAACCAGACGGCCGAUGAUGUCAUCGGAGGAGGAGACCGACUGUUUCGCCCUCUACGGAGCAGCCACGGAUAGCAAGCAGCAGCAACUCCUGAAGAAGCAGAAGCGCACCAGACAGCGCGUGGACGCCGGCGAGCCGCGCAACAGUUACUCGAGCAUACCGAACUUCAGCUCGCGACCCUCGUUUCUCGGCGGCGCAAGUCUCUACGGCGCGGUGUUCAACCCCAACCAGCCGCCGCAGUCGCAGCAGCGCCAGUCGCCCACCGGCCAGCAGCAAGCGCACUCGCCGCCGCAACAGCAGCAGCAGCAGCAGCAGCAGUCUCACUCCAAUCAGCUCCAGCAGCAGGCUGGGGCGACCACCGGUACAGGUCAAGGUCACUUGCAGGCGGCAGGCGCCACCACGACAGGCACCACGACGACCACCGCCAGUCAGCAGCACGCGGCGGCCUUCGGCUUCUUCGGGGCCCCGGGCUACGGCCCGCCCACCAAGAUGCUCAACGAGCUGUUCGGCCGCCAAGUCAAGCAGGCCGCCGACGCUACGGGCGCCUCGCCCCCCGAGGCGACCACGGGCAUGACGGGCGCCACCGCCAUGGACGUGACCCAGGCGGCCAAUCCUCUGCAGCCGGGAGCGGUCGUCAACUGCGCGGACGAUCCCGCCACGGCGCCCGAGCUCACCCAGCACAUGCUGCGCGAGAUCCUGCAGGGUCGCAAGCUCAGCGCCCUCUCCGUUCAGGACCAGCCGACCAACAACAACAGCAUUCACAACAACAACAGCAUCCACAGCAACAACAACAACAACAACAACACGACUCAAGAGCUGCUCAAGCAGCAGCAGCAGCAGCAGCAGCGAGCCGACGCGAGUCCCCAGCAUCUGAGCAGCAGUGACUCGAGUGCGCGCAACAGUGCUAACGCAGUGCAAAGUGGCGGCGAGGACAGUGCGGACGGUCACAACGGCACCGCGCCCAGCCAGAACGGCGAGCGCGAGCCGGUGAUGCCCGCGGACGCGGACGACAGCGCCGAGGACGCGGCGCGCGCCAUGGAGGAGGCGUUCGCCGAGGCGGGCAUGGAGCCGGGCGCCAACCUCGACGGCUCCGACUGCGACCAGAGCUUGCCCUCCAGCCCCACGGGGCCGCGCUCCGGCUCCGUGAGCGUCAAGGAGGAGAUGCAGGACCCGAUGAAGCGCUCGCCCAGCAACUCGCCCUGCCCGGUGCUGCCCAAGCAGGAGAGCAGCAGCUCGCCCACCACGGAGAUCAAGCGCGCGCGCGUGGAGAACAUCGUGAGUACCAUGCGCAGUAGCCCCGCGCUGCAGCCGGCCGCGGUGAACGGCUGCAAGAAGCGCAAGCUCUACCACCCCCAGCAGCAGCACGUGCACCACGUGCCCCAUCACAGCCACAUCGUCAGCGACGUGGCGCUACUCGACGACGACGAGGAGAGCGACGAGGAGGAGGACUACGCGACCAUCCGGCAGAAGCGCGAGGAGAAGGACAACCUCAAGAACCAGCUGAACCGACUGUACGAGCAGGUGGCCGUUAUGCAGCAGAAGUACGCCGAGCUCUCGAGCCGCAUGGGGCCCGAGAGCAGCGAGAGCUGCGACGCUCCCACGAGCCCCGCCCAGCUGCCGACUCACCGGAGCCACCGGGCCCACGCCGCUCAGGUGGCCUACAACGGCGCCCUGCCCGGCACCAUGCCCCACGAUCACGCGACCGCCGCGGCCAUGUACCAAAAGUUCUACCUCGAGCAAGAGAGGUACGCCGAGCGCAUGAAGCAGCAGCAGCAGCAGCAACACCAGGAGGCGCUGUCCAUCAGGCAGCAGCAGCAGCAGCAACACCAGCGGGAACGCGAGCAGCGGGAGCGAGAGCGCGAGCGCGAGCGAGAGCGGGAGCGGGAGCGGGAGCAGCAGCGCAGCUCGCCGCAGCCCAGUUCGCAGACGCCUUCGAGGCAGGACCCACCGAGUGCUCCCCCCACGCCGCGCAUGCAGAAGUCUCUGCAAGCGCCGGUUCGCGACCACAAAGAUCGCGACUUCCAAGAAAGUUUGAGCGUACUUCGCGGCGCCGUGGAGGUGGCCAGCUCGACGCUGCCCAACAUCACGGGAGCCGACUUGGAGGGCCUCGCCGAUAGCCUCAAGACUGAAAUCUCGUCCUAUCUGAACAACCUCAUCGACAGCAUAAUCUCAAGGUUCGUGCAGCAGAAGAAGUCACUGGGAAAGCAGUCGGAAGCGUGUCAAGCCGCGGCCGAUCAGCUCAGCAGUCUGAACAAAGAUCUGAUGCUCGCCAGUCAGUAUCUGGAGCGCAAAUCGCCCAGGACGAAAGUCGUGGACAGAGGAGCGGCGCCGACGCCGAUAGGUGGCCCAAACGGGCCGCGGGGGCCCCUGACCGGCGGGCCCCCGAGCGCAUCGCAGGCAUCGAGCUUCUCGCCCAUCGGGGCUCUCGGCUCGGCUGCCGGAGGUGGUUCCCACUCGACCCACGGCGCCGCGGGACUGGCUGAGAACAACCUCAACCAGCUGAAUCAGCUGCCACCACACGCGAGAUCUGGAAGCGGCCUCUUCCAGACGCCCAAACCACCCUCGAUAUAUGCUAUGGCCUCGAUGCAGCAGCAGCAGCAGCAGCAGCAGCAGCAACAGCAGCGCGAGCAACAGCAAAGAGAGCAACAGCAGCAAAGGGAGCAGCGCGAACGCGACCAAUACUUGAGAGCCAGCGAGGAAAGAGACAGCCGAGAUUCCGAACAGAACGAAGCCCUGUCACUCGUCAUGACACCCAAGAAGAAACGCCAUAAGUUGUUCCCACAGGUGACGGACACUCGGAUCACACCGCGCACCGUAUCGAGGAUCUUGGCGCAGGACGGUAGCAGCUCGCAAGGCGGGGCAGAAUCGCCACCGCCACCUCCGCCACCGCCGCCCAGGCCCUACCACGCGCCACCGAUGCUGCCGGUCUCGCUGCCAACGAGUGUAGCUAUACCGAACCCCAGCUUGCACGAAAGUCAGGUGUUCUCGCCGUACUCGCCGUUCUUCAAUCCUCACGCGGGACACGCGGCUCAAGUGCCGCCACCCGGCUCCCACCAUCUCUCGGCCUCGCCGCCCGUAGCCGGUGGAGUCGAGCUGCGGGACUCGCCACCUCUGCCUCAUCCGCCCUCGAUGCUGCAUCCGGCCCUUCUCGCCGCAGCACAGCACGCCCAGCCCGACUACGGUCAUCUCAGGAUGGACAGCAACGAUCGAGGUAGCGACUGCAACUCUGGCGAGAUCAGCUACGACGGCAUUCAGCCUACAUCGUCGACAUUGACGCCGAUGCAUCUCAGGAAGGCCAAGCUGAUGUUCUUCUGGGUGAGGUAUCCGUCCUCCGCCGUCCUCAAGAUGUACUUCCCAGACAUCAAAUUCAACAAAAAUAACACGGCGCAGCUCGUCAAGUGGUUCUCCAAUUUCCGAGAGUUCUACUACAUUCAGAUGGAGAAAUACGCGAGGCAAGCUGUCUCGGAGGGCGUGAAAAGCGUCGAGGAUCUGCAGGUCGGCGGCGACUCUGAGAUUUACCGAGUGCUCAACCUUCACUACAACCGCAACAACCACAUUGAGGUAUGGAAUCAGGUACCGUCGAACUUCAGGUACGUGGUCGAGCAGACGCUUAAGGAGUUCUUCAAGGCGAUCCAAGGUGGUAAGGACUCGGAGCAGUCGUGGAAGAAGUCGAUCUAUAAGGUGAUCUCGAGGCUGGACGACCCGGUACCCGAGUACUUCAAGAGCCCCAACUUCCUCGAGCAGCUCGAGUGAAAAGAGCCACGUCGCUCUUCGCGGUAUUCUCGGUUGUUACCACUGCCGACGGCUAGGAAGCAAAGUUCCACUGCCGUCUGGUGAACACGCCUCUCCAACAUCGCCAUGCGUUUAACCUCGCAGUGCGAGCGGCGUGUGCAACUACGAACAGCAAUUAACGCAAGAACAAACGCAAGCCCCCAAGACACUGAUCCGAUCAGGGAACGCAGGUAUCCUUAAGUAGUCAUAAACAAACAUAUCGAACCCGAGAGUUCACUAGCGAGCGAGCGAGCGAGCGAGCGAGCGAUAUUACGACAAUAUGACAAAGUUGUACUGCUAGAGACGGAGAGACAAGUGAAGCGCGCGCCGCGACACGGCGACACUCGGGCGAUGCAGGCCGGCUAGCGAGUGUCAAUUAUUAACAGCAACAAAUCGCAACCGAUCGUCUCAACAAUCACUGCUAUUCCCUUUCGAUCGCUGGCCGUUCGCCAAAGUGAUACGAUCGCACGAGUCGAUGGUCGUGCGCGCGCGCAGAGACGAAGAGGCUGAAGAAGAGGAACUCAGUGCACACGACUCGACGACGAAGUGUAACAUUUGUUCAUUGCGACGACGUGUAUACCUUCGUUGUAGAUUGUAGAGAGUGUCCUGGCGAUUCAAGUGAAAGCGCGUUAGAUGAAGAUGAACAAACCGUUCGUUAUUUAAGGCCAAAAUAAGUACACAAUUGAAAAUAUUACAAAAACUUUGCAAUUUAUCGAUGCUGUGUAGCAGAGUCGUCAUUUUCAAGGAUACCAAGCUCGAUCUUCACCUGUUUCAUCCUUUUCGUUGGCGUUGACGAAUCCCUUCUCGAAAUUCCUCAUUUGAGAAUGUAAUCGUCAGUCGGUCGGGCGCAUUCGAAAAACAACAUAAAUUAAUCCAAUUUUUACACGCUGUAAAAAGUAACGAAAUUACGCGUACGUGCGCGAGUGUGUGUGUGUGUGUGUGUGUGUGUGUGUAUGUGUGUGUGUGUGUGUGUCCGUGUGUGUGCGUAUGCGAGUGUGUCUGUGUAGAAAACCAAAUAGACGUCGGCAGCGACGUAUGACCAAUGGCCAAGCCCUUCGUUCGACGUCGCUGCCUCGAUAAACGAUCUCAAAAACUUGAGUCAAACUGAAACAAAAGAACUUUUCGUACAAGGGCACAUGUAAAUUGUUUCGAUGUAAAAAGUGACUUUCGUACUGGAGUAAGGAUGUGCGCACGGACUGUGACAAAAGGACAAAAAGAAACCGGUUGGUCGAGCUUGGUACCCGCUCUGCGAAACUUAUUAUUAUUAGAUUCGCUGUACUCGGGCUGCUGUGCAUGCUGCUACUGCUACUCUCCUCCACAAUGCAGCGGGAUCGCGAGGGAAUAAAUGCUUCGUUCGCGUCGAAAAACUAGAUGACGUUGAUACUUUGCGAGUGUCGAGAUUAGAGACGUCGAGCAUCUACACAGGAUGCACGAGAAGCACACUUAUGCCUCGUCAUUCGCGCUUUUUCUGGUCACUUCUUUUUCACACUGCUUGGGAACGAGCAUUUCUUCUCUUCGUCUCGCGCUUCGUUCGUGCGAUUGAGAUGGAGAGAGAAAGAGCACAGCACGUUCGAGAUGCAUUGAGACAAAGCAUAACCAAAAAUAUGAAAAAGCAAAUCAAUCGUGGAGAACCUUAGGUUCCUAGGCUGUACAUAAUAUGUAGUUACGUUCUGUAUAGAUGUGUGUGUUGGCACGACGCGAUUUUUUAGAAAUUCGAGAUAAUGCGCGUUCCGGCGUCUCUUGACGAGAGAAUAAGACAUAUGCUAAGGUGACCGAUGGUGAUGUUUAUGAAACGGCCGCUUCUUUCCUCGACCAGAGACGUCCGACGCGGUUCAUGGGCAUGACGACACGACGAUCUACGGGAGGUUAUUGAUUACUCGUCGUGAAUUUUCGACGCGACGCAUCAAUUAGCUACACACUUCUCAAAUAAUCAUUUUACACUUAUCGAUUAACACACUCGACACGUAUGGUCAAGGAAUUGUACUUUUUUCAGUCAUUAGUUUUUUAGGUGGAUCGACUUAAAAUCGAAUGAGUUAUAUCGAAAUUGAGCAUUUUCUUUAUUUUUGUAAAAAAAAUACCGUGAGAGUGCGAUCGAUCUAAUGUUCAGUGUGCCCGCAAAGAUUUUAUCAAUGAAAUACUUCGCAAGAAUUAUUUUGUUGAUUUCAUAAAUUUUUGUAUACUGUUUGACCAUUAGAUUAUUAAAACUGCUCUCUCAAAGUAUUCAGUGUGCCGCAACUCCAGGCAUAUGGCUACUAUAAGAAACGUUAAGAUCGAGAGAAAAAAGUCAAAGAAUUUUUGAAAUAAGUUGCUGUAGAUGAGUCAGAUUAUAAUAAUUAAAAAACCGGCGGCGUCCAGUAGGUGUGGAUGAGAUUAGGUAAACAAAAAAAAACACGUGGAGAAAAAAUGUAUACUAACUAGACGCGGGUACGUAUCUAUAUAGAGUAGAUUAUAUGAAAAAGUAAAUAUAUAUAUAUAUACAUAUAUAUAUUAUAAAUAAAUUUAAAAGUGGUCUAUAUUAGAAUCUCGAAACGGCGAAACGAAAGGAAACACGAGCUCGUCACUUUGGGAUACAAGCCUCGUCAUGUGUCGUCGGCGUAUUUAAUGAAACUUUGAAUAAAAAAAUUUAGUAUAUCGAAAUAACAAGCACAAAACACAAUGGCAUAGAGAGAAACACUUGACACCAACACACACGAAAGCACUUACCGGAGCAAAAAGACGCUUGCGCGAGCAAUGUCGUCGGGUACACAAUAUAUGCCGUAAACUAAAAGUCGAUCCCUCUGAUUUACCGGGGGAUCGUGCAAAUUGUAGAUAGAGUUUUCCUUAAAAGACAUAUAUAUAUAUAUAUAUUUAUUACAAGAUAAUGUGUCCCGCGAGAUAAUGCGAUCCCCUCUCUAUAAAAAAUAUAUGAUAAAUAUAUGCGUUGCGGCUAUCGACAAUGGCUUUUUGACGAGUUUCCGAGAGCGCUAUUGUCGAUUGCAAUGACCAAAAAAGAAACAACACCACGCAGACACGUUUCAGAUUAUAUAAUUAUAUUUUAUUGCAAGCAUAAUAUAGUUAGCGCCAUCCAUUGUCAUUUACGUUAAUUUAGUUGAAAAUGCGCAGUUGUAGUUUUUAUGAUUUCCCAUUGCAAUCGGCUUGUUCCUUUUACCUAUAACAUAUUAUGUUGUCUCACCUUUGUCAUCCCUUUGACUUUUCGUUUUGUCUUGAACGCCCCAGCGCCACGCUGUACUUUUAGUUUAUGAUUAUAAUUAAAUAUAAUUGCAUAUUAUUUAUACAAUAUUAUUAUAGUGAUUGAAUAAUAUGAUUUUACUUAGCAUACCACCACGCGUUAUACACUUUCUUUUGCAAAUGGUGAGUCUUAACCUAGUCACGAGUCACUAUAUUUUUAAUUAAUUACGAGUCGAUUUAUUAUUAUUUAAUUUAUUAUUAUUAUUGGUAUUAUUAUUAUUAUUAUUAUUAUUAUUCACACAAA